AUGAAAGGCGAGAAUCCUCCAUUCCGUGUCAAUCCCCUCUCCAGCCCUGAGCAACCCACUUACCAUUCCCGACGCCCGCACCGCAAGUCUCGCGCCGGCUGUGCAAAGUGCAAGCAGCGGCGGGUGAAGGUCUGUGAUGAGACACGUCCCUGCUGCCAGAGGUGUGAGAAGCUUGGUCUCGAAUGCACCUACGAGGCUAUACUCCCUCCGGGAUAUGGCAAGAAAGAUAUCGACAGUGCUCUUGUUGCACGAGUCUUUAAUCAAAAAAAUGCGGUUAAUCCCGAUGCAACAGCGCACUCACUUGCUGUUAGCGUGGUAACGACGCAGGUUGAUGAAGUGCUACAGUUUAGUUCGACUAUGACCAAGUCCAAAGGAUGCCUCAGUAACCUGGAAAUACUGCGCCAUUUCCAAGACAUAUUCACGCCAAAUACCAUGAUCAUCAAUGAAACGGGCAAGGAUGCAAUGAGAGUCAAGAUGAUACGGUUGGCAUUGCAGUCGCCAUACCUUAUGCACAGCCUUAUUGGCGUCGCAAUUGCACAUCUCCGUAAUGUUCUUCCAGACCAUAAGGGCAACUACGCCCUCCUCGAAUCGCACCACUGGCAGCGCGCAAUAAGCCAAUACAGCACUGAGCUGCAGUCUUCUAUUGGCCCCCAUAACAUGGACGCGCUAUUCUCGGCCUGUCUGCUCAUGACCGUGAACUCGUUUGCGUUGAAUUCGUACAACCCGCGCCAAUCGUUCGUGUUCUCGCCGAAUCCAGUCGAGUGCCUGAACUGGCUAUUUGUCCAGUCGGGGUUGCGCCAUUUGCUAAGUCGCGCGGUGCCCUGGGUGCGAAAGAGCAUGUGGUGGGAAAUAUUCAUGGAGUCCAGGAACGAUCUCUUCGAAGAUGAACGACCCGGAAGAGAAGGGCUUCAUCCAGACCUCGCGAAUAUCUGCGGAAUAAACGAAUUCACAUCAACGGAGAAUAACCCGUACCUCUGGCCGCUACGAAUGCUUACGCCGCUGUUGACGCUCGAGCCAUCUCUGAGAACGUACUCCCGCAUAACCACAUUCAUGGGCCGUCUCUUACCCGAUUACUACGAGCGUCUGGUUGCGAAAGAUACCCCGGCUUUAAUGAUUCUUGCCUGGUGGCUCGCGCUCAUGAACGGGGUUGAUCUUUGGUGGGUGAAGACUCGCGCGAAGUCCGAGUGCGCUGCCAUCUGCAUGUACCUGGAUUGUGCAUCAUCUGAUCCGUUUGUCCUGCGGCUCUUAGAGUUUCCUGCUCAGGCUUGUGGGUAUCUGCUUCAGCAUAAUCAGGCAAAUCUGUCAUGUUCGGAUGGUUCGCAGUGUGAAUUCUUGCCUGAUGCGGUCGCACCUUUGCAGCCUGUGGAAUCCAACUCUCGUUGGGAAACAAUAUGUUGA